UUGGCAUGCAUAUGUUCCCAACAACUUUCCUGCAUUAUCAUUAAGAAUAUAUUACCACUAGCAUGUCGAAGCAGUCAGCCGAGGGUAAUGAGCCUCAGAAUGUGUUUGGAACCAAAGUGGAUGAUCAAUUUGUGAAGAACAAAUUUCCUGAAUUCGAGACACUGGAAGUCAACGCCGCAGAUAAGUCUUACUUUGCAUACAGACUCAAGGAAGCAGUUCGAAAUGGUACAACAUACAAGGCCUAUGUGCAGACUCUGCGGAAGAUCAUUGAGCAGCAGCCUGACAGUGAUAAUAAAAAAUAUACAAUAUGCGAAAUUUAUAAUGCUACUGGCAGUCCCAUACAUCUUUUGAAGAAACACCAUGAUUUCAGUGGCCAUAUUCUAGGUGAUAAUUACUUCCCUGUCACGAUUGAAAAUGGCCAGUUGGCUGUUGUACUCCAUGAGGGAUCAUCUGCCGCAGUUAUAUACAAAGGCCAGAACUACAACGGAAAAACGUAUGCCUGGUUGCACGCUUGGGAAAAUGAACGCGACGAUGAUAAACGAUAUGUUUUCACUGAAAUUGAAAAACCUGAGCACUACGAUAGUGAUGAUUGGAACUUAGUCUCAUCCAAGCUUACACAGGAAAGUCCCUUUCACGACGAUUUGAAGGGAUCCUACUCUGAAGCGUCCAUCCGCGGAGACGAGGACAAACACGAUAACGUCUGCAUAUAUUCUGGAACACUGACCUUAGAGUGGGGUUUCCCUCUAUUCAGUAUUAAUUAAUAUCAUGCAAUAUAUAUAUAUAUAUAUAUAUAUAUAUGUAUGCGAAAUAAACUACAUAUAUUGACAGCUUUGUCAAUAUAUAUAGAUAUCCCUACAUGUGUAUGUGUGUGUGUGUAUAUAUAUAUAUCUUUAUAAGAAUAAGUCUGUGUUGCAACUGCUCUGUGCAUGCAGCAUUCAUGUCUACGGACAUGGCUACUUGUAGCCUAUCUUGUGGGGAUUAUUUCCUAAUAUAUAUAGAUAUAUAUCCCUAUAUGUGUAUGUGUGUAUAUAUAUGUAUAUCUUUAGAAGAAUAAGGCUGUAUUGCAACUGCUCUGUGCAUGCAGCAUUCAUGUCUAUGGACAUGACUACUUGUAGCCUAUCUUGUGGGAAUUAUUUCCUUACAAGAAGUUAUCUUAAUAAAAUAUUCUAUUUACUAUA